GCAGAACUGGGGAAGCCCCGGAGAAGCUGCUACACCCUGCCAGGCUUUGAUUUUUCAUAUGGGCUGUACAUCCACGGAACAGAUGGAGGAGUCCCUGAAGCAAUAGGCCACUGGAACACCGUACAGCCCAUGGCUGCUUUAGGUGAGAAGAUGCCCCGAGACUUCAUCGCCAUGAACCGUGGUGCUGUGAAGGCUGGUUACACCACAGCCCGUGAAUUUAAUUCCUACUACAAGGCCAAGGACAUUCGGUGCAAGGUUGAAGAAUACAGUCAACUCAAGAGAGGUCCUCCUAAACUACCUGCAGACAUUACUUAUGGCAUCCCACCACGGCCUUCCACUCCCUUCUUUGAUCUCCUCCAACACAAAUACAAGGAGCUGUGGAUGGAGGAGCAGAGAGCCCUGACAAUAGCUCUGCAAAAGGAACAGAAAAAGCUACAGAAGCUCAAACCGCGUGACACUCGCACCACACUUCUUCGGAAAAACCCACAGCCUGCAGAGGUGGAGUCCUUCUGGCACCUGCCCCACCUGGAGAAGGUUGGGCCUCAUCUCUGUACUUUUCCAGACAGUAAUGCUCGUAAGAAGGCAUUCAGUGCCUCCCAUUGA